AUGGAUGCGCGAAAGCGUGAGAAGGAAAAGCGAAGUGAGCACGAAGCAGCGAGAGAGCGCACUAAGGCGCGCGUUGUGCGGAAAAUACCGGAUAAGGAAACGGAUAAGGAAGCGGAUGUGCAAAGCGAGUGCAAAUGCAGAUAUAGGCGGAUAACGAAUAACCAUUGGAAACACAAAGUGUGCCCAAGUGGUGACUACUACUUUAGAGUAAAACCCAAUAGCAAGGGAAGUACAGCAAAGGAGAGUAAUAAUGAUGGAGUACGCUGCAAUGCUUGUUACAAACCACGAGGCAAGGCAUAUGACGUACCAAUGAGGGUGCUUAAGCACAAGAAAGCGCGCAAGGCGCGUGUGCGGAAUACUGCACAUUGGGGAAUGUGUCACGCCUAUGGACGCAUUUCGCAGGAAAGCUGCGCAUUACAGUGUAAAACGACUAGGGACAUGAUAGAAGUCGAAUAUAGCUGA